CGGCCUGCGUCUGAGGAAGCCGGAAGCCGCGGCGGUCGCCGGCACGGGCUGGGGUUGGAGGGGCGGCUGUCAGUGUCUUGGGGUUUGUGAACCCCGCGAUGGAUCCUGACGUGACAGUCGCGCAGCGGAGGCCGUUGCUCUUGCCGCGGCUGCUGCUGGUGCCGCUGCUGUUGUCGGGGCUGGCUCUGGGCAAGCUUCCCUGGGGCAGCAGCCCCCACAGGGUCCUCUACGACUUCCUGUCCGAGCAGCAGUUGCUGGAGGUAGAGGAUUUGUCUCUGACUCUGCUGCAGCGGGGAAGGCUGGGGCCGCUCUCGCUACCCCCGGACCUGCCGGAUCUGGAUCCCGAGUGCCGGGAGCUGUUGCUGGACUUCGCCAAUAGCAGCGCAGAGCUGACCGGGUGUCUGGUGCGCGGCGCCCGGCCGGUGCGCCUAUGUCAGACCUGCUACCCCCUCUUCCAACAGGUCGCCAACAAGAUGGACAACAUCAGUCGAGCCGUGGGGAAUACUUCAGAGAGUCUUAGUUGUGCCAGAAGUCUCUUAAUGGCAGAUAGAAUGCAAAUAGUUGUGAUUCUGUCUGAGUUUUUUAAUUCCACAUGGCAGAAGGCAAAUUGUGCAAAUUGUUUAAUGAACAAUAGUGAAGAAUUAUCAAAUAGCACCGUAUACUUCCUCAGUCUAUUUAAUCACACCUUGACCUGCUUUGAGCAUAAUCUUCAGGGGAGCAUACACAGUCUUCUACAAUUAAGAAAUUAUUCAGAAGUAUGCAAAAACUGUCGUGAAGCGUAUAAAACUUUGAGUAGUCUGUACAGUGAAAUGCAAAAAAUGAAUGAACGUGAGAAUAAGGCUGAACCUGGAACACAUUUAUGCAUUGAUGUGGAAGAUGCAAUGAACAUUACGCGAAAACUUUGGAGUCGAACUUUCAACUGUUCAGUCCCUUGUAGUGACACCGUGCCUGUAAUUGCCGUUUCUGUGUUCAUUCUUUUUCUGCCUGUUGUCUUCUACCUUAGUAGCUUUCUUCACUCGGAGCAAAAGAAACGCAAACUCAUUCUACCCAAACGUCUCAAGUCCAGUACCAGCUUUGCAAACAUUCAAGAAAAUUCAAACUGAAACCUACAAAGUGGAAAAUUAACGUCACAUCCCAUGGUUGAAUGGUGGAAGACACAGCUUGGUCCAAAAGAAGAGAGAGUUCUUAAGAAAUGCAAGGACUUCAGAUUUAUUUUUAAAUAAGAAUUUUUAAUUUUUCUUUCCUUUUUCAUCCCCUUUUUAAGAGCUCGGGUAUUUUUAGUUUAUAGGCAUAGCAGUGUUGUCUAUUUUCAAGUAUUUGUUACAAUAACAAAAGAUGCAAGAACAAUGUUUUAUUUUGAUGGCAUAUUAUUACUACUUGAGACUUCUGGUAUCUCAUUAACUUAGAAUCUCAAGUAGCAAAGUUUUUGAAAACUAACAUUUAAAAAUUAAUCACUUAUAACAAAGUCUUUGAAAAAGAAAUAUACUUGCCAAAAAGUAGCAGGUCCAAAGAUUAAUUUAAAUUACCAUUGCAGUAUUAUUGUUACAUAUAUAUUUAAUAUGUCAUAUGGUACAAAUAAUAUGUAAUUCAGUCUCUAGUUUCCUUAAAGUCAUUUUUGAAACCACUAAUUAUAAACCUCCCUAACAAUUUUUAGAAGUGGGAUGGCGCAUUACAUUUUUCUUUGUAAAAAGACUUAUGGUAACCGGUUUCUUACUUGACUUUUAUAAAUAGUAUUUUACACCUUAUUUUGCCUUUAUUUCAUAAGUAAUUUGAAAUCACUGGACUGCUUUAUUAUAUUCAGGGCAAGAUGGAUUCUUUUUAUACCAGAGAUUUGCAUUGCAAAUUACAUUAAGUUAUUUGGCAAUUUAUAAUUUAUUACUACUUUAAAUCAGAUGUAGCAUUAUCACAUUAUUUAAAUUGAGAUUUUUUAAAUGGAGAUUUUCUCUUGAGUUAUAUGGGGAUUUUUGGAGGGGAGGGAAAAGAGUAAAAAUAGCUUAAGGUUCAGAAAAUAGACAGGGACCUGAGGGAAUACUCACAAUAAGACUGUUAAAUGGUUCUUAUUAGGGGCAUGAGUCAGAAUGAGAGCCUGAUACAGAAAGCAAUUAGGUUAAGAUGAAACUUAGUUUUUCUAAAUUAAUUAUAUCAGAUAAAAGGGAUAUGAUUGAUAUGAAGUCAAAUAUUUCACUUUCAGAAAACAUUCUAUUUUGGAAUAUUUGUAUUGCUCUUUAAAAACAGCUUCAUUUCAGAAUUGUUUAUAGUUUUUUUCCCUCAGGAUUUUAGUGGUUAGGUAUUUCAUUCCUUCUUGCUUUCUUGGUGGAAAUAGGCUUUGUUUUAAAUGUUGAGAAUAUGAAGGCUACUCUAUAUAGAAAUAAGAGUUUGGUUGAAUGGUACAAGAAUUUGCAUACCUUUGUAUAAUAUGAAAUGCUCUAUAGAGAGACAAGAAAGUAUUAUUAUUUUUUAAAUGUUUACCAUAUACGCAGAGUGAAAGAGAACGCUUAUCCUUGGAUAUAAACAUAUCCACAAGUGGUUAGUUUUCCUAGUUUGCUGUGAUCUCUUAAAAAUGUGCUGGGAUUUCUUCUGUUAAUACUGUUCCUGCUGCUGAUACUAAUAGCACUAUCUUAAUUUGAAGCAUAUAGUUGAGGGCCAUUGAAAGCAAUCUUUAAUUAAUGCAGAUAAAACCAGUUUACAUGUGCAAAGGUACAGAAUGGCAUAUUUGAUUCUGUAAGUAGUGACUCUGAGCACUUUUGAAUAUUAUGUAUUUCUAAAAACCAUUGCUUUUGGAUAUGUUUGCUAAUAAGCACUUUAAAAAAGAAGAGGCAGCAGCCUUUACUAUUUUUCUGGCUGAGUCAUUGUUCUUUAGAAGAAGCAUCAGCAAUAGGUUUCAAAAAUAAGUAUUGAGCACUACAUUAAAGUGUGUAAAUAUUUCAUUUUUUAGUCAUACUGAAAAAUUAUUUGCAUAGUUCUGAAUUUGACACAUAGCAUAUGUGUGUGUACAAGAACAUCUUUAUUUUAUUUUAUUUUUCUGACACUUUGUAAUAAAAGAAGUAGCUUAAGGUAAUUACAAUGCCAUAUUUGAUUUUUAAAUACAUUUUUUAAACUUUGGAUGUAAUUAAAUAUCACAUUUCAGUUUUUCAGGUGUUGAGUUGAAAUGCCUACUUUAAAAGUACCAACCAUCUUAUAAGUUUGCUGCAAAUAAAAAUGUACUUUUGGA